AAUUGUGCGAACGCCAUGAAACCAACGAAGAAGCUGUGGGCAUAACGAAGCGGCAAAAAUCAAACCUGUGGACAGGUGAUUGGUAGUAAAAAAUAAAAGACGUUUUGGGCACAUCGACGAGGGGAAGGAUUUUAGACAGAUGUUACCAAACUAGACACUAAAGUCGCAAAUGGCUCAACGAUGUCACAAGGGACAGUUUCGGCACGCUUGUCAAUCAACCCCACAAGUGGCAACUCUCAGGCUAACCACAACGAUGUCUCGGAGGCGGCUUGACAACCGCAAUGGACCUACUGGGUUACUUGGAGAAAUUCAAACCCUUAUCAAUACGGAACCGAUGGACAGUAUGUACGAAAUCACCGGCGAGUUGGGCAGGGGGAAAUUUGCCGUGGUGAAGCGGUGCAUGGAGAAGGCUACGGGAAAGAUGUUCGCCGCCAAGUUCCUGCGGAAGCGGAGGCAGGGCCGAGAUUGCCGGGCCGAGGUGGUGCACGAGAUGGCCGUGCUGGAGGCGACCCGCAACAACCCUCGUGUGGUCAACCUGCAAGCUGCCUACGAGACAGACCACGACAUAAUCCUGCUGCUGGAAUAUGCGGCGGGAGGUGAGAUCUUUGACUACUGUGACUGUGAUGAGCUGCUCCCAGAGGGCCAGAUCACACGCCUGAUCAGACAGAUGCUGGAGGGCGUCCACCUCCUCCACCAGACCAGCGUGGUGCACCUGGACCUCAAGCCCCAAAACAUUCUCUUGACCAGCCUGGCUCCGUUGGGGGACAUAAAGAUUGUGGACUUUGGCCUGGCGCGCAAACUGGGCACAGUCGGAGAGCUCCGAGAGAUCUUGGGCACGCCCGAGUAUGUGGCUCCAGAAAUUCUAAACUACGAGCCUAUCACCACAGCAACUGACUUGUGGAGUGUGGGGGUGAUAGCCUACAUGCUGGUGACGGGCGAGUCUCCGUUUGCAGGGGACGACAAACAGGAGACGUACCUGAAUGUGUCCCAAGUCAAUGUGGACUACAGCCAAGAGGCCUUCUCCAGGGUGUCGGAGCUCGCCGUCGACUUCAUCCGCAAGCUGCUGGUCAAAACACCAGAGGACAGGUCCAGUGCAGCCGACUGCAUGACCCACCCCUGGCUGUGGCAUCAAUACCCAAUUACCGAGCCCAUCACGCCACGUACACCCCGCGAGAGGAGCAGCGGUAACAAGUGGGCCGCCCCACCCGAGGACCCAGAAGACAAGGAGAACUUCACCUUGGACUCGCACCACACCCACGCCAAACGGUUUCGUUUUGAGGUGGAGGGGGAAAGAGCGACGCAAGCGCCCCCCUCCUGCGACCUGCCCUUAUGAUUUUAUGCAGCAAUGAACCUGCAGGCAGCACUGUUGCCUACCCAAGAGCUAUUCAGUCCUGUUCUGUUCUACCGCUCACUUGUAUCCAGUGUGUCCGGCCAAACCAAAGUUAACCAGCUUACUUUGUGAUCUAAUGAGUAAUAGUAUUUUAUAGUGAGCUGUUUUAGUCUUUUGUUUUGUCUGGUUCAUUUAUGUCCCUGAAUUUACAUAGAAUGGGUGGCCAGGCAUAUCUCAAGGGAAAUCUAUGCUAUUCUGUUUUUCCACAAACUUUUAAACAGUCAGCAAAUUAUUACUUGACCAUUUUUGCCAGAAGGCUAAUAAGUUGUUGUAAAAGUGUUCUUAGACGCCCCAAAGUGUUUUUAGUAUUUUGUGCUAAAAUCAUUCGAAAGAACACUGAGCUGUGCAUAUACAAGCUAAAUCAGUCUAUUUGAGUUCGUGAAAGUAAAGUAUCCUCGUACUAUAUGCUUAAUUGCUUGACCCAAGAUGGGCAUUACCUCCCUACUCUCAAACAAGCAUCAGCUUCGGGCCAUGGCUUAUGCUGAGUGGCAUAUUACAUUUCAUUCCAUUCCAUCUGACAUUCCCUUGUCUAGUUCUUAGGCACUCAACAACACACCACAUCUGAAAACACGUCAUUGAAGACAGGUUUUCUAUGCACACAUUACCCAGCCUUGGCCUGCAUAAUAAGUAAGCCAAUGAGUCACGCUAUUUUCUGUCUAUUGCAGUAUUUAUUGUUUACCUGAACUCUCCUGGUUUACAAUUCCACAGUAAUAGAGGUGGUUUAAGAGGGCUCUAAAAAAGGUGACUCAUGGACAGUUCACACCACACCCAUGCUUACUCAAAUGUUUCUGCAAAGUUGUCAGUUCCUAUUUAAUCAUUAGCUUAAGGCAAAUGUGACGGAAGCACUUUCUAUUUAUCAUCUGGGUAUUCAUCAUGAAUUACUGGAAAAUAACCAUGUCCUCUGAAGUGUUUUUAAUUCCAUGUUUUUUUUCAAGUAUAACUUGAAAACAA